AUGGCAACCCAUUACUACUCGCCGGCAUCUUCCCGAUAUCUGGCCGGAGCACCCAAAUUCAGCCCUCCCCCAGCCAACAAAACAUUUUCUUUAAGAACAUUAUCGACGGCGAGAGGACCGCCCUUCACCCUCCCCAACUGGAGGUCCGAACGAAAAGACCCCAAGACCCGGGAGCUCAAGCUCAUCGACGCCUUCUUCUACCUGGAGCGCAUGGUCGCCAAGGGCCACCGCCCCGACCCGGAAAGCGCCACCCAGCUCCUCUACGACCUCUGCAAAUCGAAGAAGUCCUUCAAGGCCACCCGGGUCAUGGAGAUGCUGGUCCGAUCCGGCUCCAUACCCGACGCCGCCUCCUACACCUUCCUCGUCAGCAGCCUCUGCCGCCGUGGCAACGUCGGCCACGCGAUGCAGCUCUUCGCCACCAUGGAGGCCCAUGGCUACCCGACGGACAUGAGGACCUACAACUCCCUCAUCGAGGGCCUCUGUAUGAAUGAGGGCGUGGACAAAUUACUCUAUUUCGUUGAGAAAUCGAUCCAAAAGGGUGGCCUCGUCCCAAACGCCUUCACCUUCUCCAUCCUGAUCAAGGCCGCCUGCAAAGAGAAGGGGGUGGACGCGGCCAUGAGUCUUCUGGACGCCCUAACCUCUCUGUGGGGAGUCCCCAACUUGGUGAGCUACAAUGUGAUUUUGAAGGGUUUGUGCAGUGAGGGUAGAGUUGGGGAGGCCAUUCGUCUCUUCCGCAGCCUGCCGGACAUGGGUUUCAGCCCGAACGUGAUCAGCUACAACACACUGCUGAGAAGCUUGUGCGAUGCGGAGCGGUGGGAGGAGGCUAACGAGCUCCUGCUGGAGAUGGAUGGUGGGGACCGUGCCCCAUCCCUCGUCACCUACAACAUACUGAUCGGCUCGCUCUCGACCCAUGGGCUGACCGACUGGGCCCUGGAGGUGGUGGACCAACUGUUUGGCGAUGGUCGGUUCAACCCAGAUGCAGACAGCUACAAUCCAGUCCUCACCCGCCUAUGCAAAGAAAGGAGAGUCGAUGCGGUUUUGAAAUGUCUAGACGAGAUGAAAUCGAAGAAUUGCAUCCCGAACGAGUUGACUUACUGCGCGAUCGCCACGCUGUGUAACGAGGGCAUGGUGGAGGAGGCGUUUUCAAUCUUCCAGAGAUUACGAGCAUGGCUGGAUCCUUGCGGGGAGGGGGGUGGAUUCUACAGGAAUGUGGUGAGGGUGCUGUGCGGGAAGAAGAAAACGGAGGCGGCCCUGGAGCUGCUUGAGCAGAUGGUGGUGGCAGACGAGGGGUUCGAGCCAGAGUCUUGCACGUACUCGGCAAUUAUAAGGGGGCUGUGCUUUGAAGGAAUGGUGGAGGCCGCCGUUGGGGUGGUGCGGGCGAUGGAGGAGGCGGACGUGGGCCACUACAACACCCUGUUGGUGGGGCUGUGCAAGCGCGGGAGGACGGAGGUUGGGUUGGAGGUGGCGAUUGAGAUGGUGGAGAAGGGGCGAAUGCCGACCGAGGCCACGUAUGCGAUUCUGGUGCAGGGUCUGGUGCGUGAGGGGGAGAAGGGGCUGGCCGCAGGGCUGCUCAAGGAGCGCUUGGUCAGGCAGUCCGUGAGGAAGAGCACUGCCGAGAGGCUGACUAUGCAGUAUGAUCUCGAUGCCCUGUGA